GGAUUUCGUUUUUCUUUUCAUCUUUUCGUGUUUAAUCUUUCUUUCCAGAAUUGCCUGUCAAAUCUUUCAAUGAUGUUCAAGCAAGGAGGCUGAUCCAAAGUCUGAAAAUAUCAUCGCCACGAGACAAGGUUUGGUGGUGAAGAAAAGGACGUUGCGUACCGUGAAAGAAAAGGGAGAACGGUGGAGAAAGACUGGAAGCAAAGAAACUAGGGGAUAAAGCAUGGAUGGGGGCAUGUUAGAGGCGGAUUCGGGGAUGGAUUUUAUUGAACAGUGGGAUUGGCAGCGGUUUAGGGAAGCCGAAAGUAUGGAGCUGGAGGGCGAAGAGGAUAGUGCGAUGCAGACGCAAGUGAGCAUUGGGAACGGAAAUGAGAUGAAGGAGACGACAGGAGAUGUUGGUGGAAUGGGAGGGGUUGCUGAGGUGGAUCAGAUGCGAUCACAGAAUUUGGGUUUACCACAGUAUGAUGGGCCGGCUGAUGAUGAGGAUGUGAUUGGGGAAAAUGGAUCGGUAUCAAAAAUUGGCAUCGACGAUAUUGAUGUGGGAUCGCGCCAAACGGUUUUGCCACAAUUCGAUAGUCCGGCUACAUCUAUAUCGAAAACUAGGAGUGGAGACGUUGAUGUAAGCUCUCGGCAUGAUGAUGCAGCGACUUUAAAUCUACCUAUAGAGGAAGAUAUGAGCAGAAAUGCUUCCGUGGCCCAAAAGAAAAGAAUGAUCACGGAAGAUUUUGAGCCGAACAAGGAAGGAAUUGGAGGCAUCUUGGAGAAACGCGAUGAUGUAGCAGAUGAGCAAGAAGACCAAGCGAUGAAUCUAGCUGGUGAUGAAAAUAUCCCGGAUUUCCCUGGAGCCGAGAAUUAUGAUCUAGAAUUGGUCAAAGUUGAUCAACAAGCUAUACUCGAAGAUAAUCGUAAGAACGCUUUAGAGUCAAUUACAACAACCACUGAAGUUACAACUAAUUCUGGUCUCAUCGCAGAUGUGGAUUCUUUCGGAGGAAACAAGUCUUUUGAAGAACAAAUAUACGACAAGCCAGAUGAUAAGAUUAAGAAUCCGGGUUUGGGCUGCGAGGAAAUUACGUCGGAAAGGAGCAAUGCCAUUUUGAACUCGGAAGAAGCUAUCACCGAGAUGGGAGCUGGGCCAGUAAUCGAUGACCCUAUCGAUGGAGAGAACAAUGAAACCGGAGAAAUUCGCGGCAAUGUUCCAACUUCGAGCACCACUUAUUCCGAAACGGCUGUUGAGACUGAAAUGAAUGGCAACAAAGAUGCAUAUUCUGGAAACGAAGAUCAUGGUGCUGAAAGCAUUACCAGCGGGUUCCUGAGUAAUGAAGAUUUAAGGGACCUUGAAGGGAAGCCAAGCUCAAUGCCUAUUCUGGAACAAUCACCUGUUGAAUCCGCACCCCGAGACAACUUUUCCGAAGGAGUCCCGUCGAUAGAUGAGAAUAUUAUGAAUGUUGAAAACAGGGAAAAUAUGUUAAAUCUCACGCAUAUUCAAGAUUUUGGAAUUCCCAAUCAAAUACCUGUGGAUGAUAGCUUGGAUGAUGUUGAAUUGCCUUCACUUUCCAGAUUGGAAGCUCCAGUACAGCCAAGGCAAGUAGAAAUUCCGGAUAGUGAUGCGGUCACAGAAUCAAGUCAGCAAUCACCGCAAAAGCUCAGCCAUAAUAGAAAGAUACUCAAUAGUUGGGUGAGACAUGGAAAUAAUGCGGGGAUGACUACAGGAGUUGAUGCGGUAAGAGAAGAAAAUGAGGAUGUGGAGACCGAAGAUGUUAUAAGCUCAUUUGGGAGAGAAUGUGCCACAAGCUCCAUUGACCCAAAGAAAAAUCUCAAUGAGCUAGAAACAAUGGAGUCUGAAGCUCUACAGAAUGGAAUAGAUGAUUUUGAAGAGAUUGAAGAGUCAGUUGAGCGUGGGCCGAUUGGUUUUGCCGAGAAAGUGGAGGAAGUUUCUAGAGCCGACGAAGAUGAUAUAGACAUUCAGCCGCCCUCUAAUCAGACAUCACCGGAAAAAACAUCAAAUAAGAGGGGCAGAUCACCACAAAUAAGAAGAUCUAAGAUAACCAACAGUCAAGUUGGCCAAGAAAAUAUCGAGAGCACAGCAACGCUCGCCGAAGCUGAUUCAGAGAAGCCGAUGAAUAUGGAGAACGAGGAAAACUUAAGCGUAGGUACUCCUGUGGUAGAGAGGAAGAAGCGAGGUAGACCAUCUACUAGGAAUAUUUCUGUAUUAUCUGUCGAUGAGUCUGUCGACAAACCAGAUGACGCAACUACGCACACAGCUUCUACAGACGCUACGGCAGAUAAUUCCUCUCUACAUAGCCCCACACCCGAGAAGAGAAAGCGAGGAAGACCAUCUAGUAGAAAGGUCUCUUUGUUACCUGCCGAUGAGCUUGCCAUGGAAGAGGGUAAAGUAGCUGUGGAUGCACCAGAAAGCGAUGAGGCUGCUUUUAUCAACAACACAGCUGAUGCACAUUCAUCUCCCAGGAACGUCCCUGCAAACAAGUUAUAUCCAAGUAGCCCUACACCUGAGAAGAGGAAACGCGGAAGGCCAUCCGAGAGAAAAACUUCCACUUUAUCUACUGUUACAAAUGACGGUGACGAUCUUGAGAGGGAGAACAAAUUGAUGGAUGAGGAGACUAUACAUUCGUAUGUCGGUCGCAAAUCGACAGAUGAGCCAGCUUCAAGCCCUCCUGUUCAUUUCAUGCAAGAGAAGAUAAAAGGAAGACCAACAGGUAGAAAGUCUUCAGGUUUGAUUCCCGAGAAGAAGUAUUCCGAGGGACCAGACGGGGACUCAGAUGACGUGACAGCAACAGCCCCAGCCCAGAAUGUUGAAAAUGAUGAUGAGUCUGAAGUCAACGAUACGAUGGAUGAAAUAACCGCAAAUUCGUCUUCACCCGUCAAGCGAAAGAGGGGAAGACCAGCCAGUAGAAAAUCUUCCGGCUUAAGUCUCGAGAAAGCCAACACCGAAGAAGUUGCCAGACAUAAUAUGAGUAAUGUUUCAGUGGUGGUUCCCGGAGAUGUUGAAACAAAACAAGCUACGCCUAGUAACAGAUCUAUCGAAAAGCAAAUUGCCAUCCCAUCUUCAUCGGCCAAGAGAAAGAGAGGAAGGCCUGCAGGACGUAAAUCUUCUGGAAUCGGAGCAGAACAUUCAGAAGGUGCAGAGUCAUCGUACGAGGCUUCACCAUUGUCUCAUAACGAUCUUGAUGUAAAAGCCACUACAAAUGGGGAAAUAAAUGAUAACUCGGAUGAAAGCUCGUCUAUACGACCGAGAAAAAGAGGCCGACCUGGUCGAAAAUCAUCUGAACUGAAUCCUGAGAAAAUAUACGUCAACAAAGUUGCCAACGAAAUCUCUGGGACCAUCGUAAUGGAAAAAGACCUUCACAAGGAGCCUAUGAGCGAAUUUCAUUCCACCGAUGAACAGGCUGAUCUUGAUUCCUCGCCAGUGAAGAGGAAGAGGGGAAGACCUGCUAGCCGAAAGGUGUCUCGACUAAGUCCCGAAAAGACAAAUAUCGACGAAUGUUUAGAGGAGAUUUCAGAUUUGCGAAAGAGUGCUGUUACAGAUGCUAGUAUCCGUGAACCGACAUCUAAGAUGAAGCCAGUUGACGAGCCGCAAACAUUUGCCAGUACAUCACCCGAGAAGAAAAAGAGAGGUAGACCAGUUAGUCGCAAGGUCUCCGCAGUGAAUAAUCCGAGCGAGGGGUCUGUUGAACCUCCAGAAGCAAGUCAGGGGGCCAUUAAAACGCAAGAGACCGUAGCCGCAAGCAUUGAUCAACCAGUCGUAACCAGUUCUUCGCAAGAAAAAAGAAAAAGAGGUAGACCCUCAAAUCAAAACUCUUCUAGUGUUAGUACCGCGAACAAGGACGCCAUCGAAACUGCCAAAGCAAGUUCCAGCAAUGUUGCUACAAAAGCUUCCGGCAAAGUUUUGGAUGCUAAUAUCAACGAACCUGCACCUGAUGCUAGCCUACCGGUCAACGCUUCACCCGAGAAGAGAAAAAGAGGUCGACCUUCCCGCAAAGCUUCUAGCUUGAGUAACGGGAAUGCUACCAUGAAGAAUAUAUCGGGUGGCGUUACUAGUAGUGGCAAGAAUAUUCCGACCGAGAUUGUUGACUCAGAUGAGGAAGAAGAGGCGCUGCUAAAUGAAUCGCCGUCUUCAAAAAAGGUUAAGCCAGAGCCAAAGAAGAGAGGCCGGCCACCUGGAACCAAAGAGUUGGAUACCAGUACGGAAGACACAAAAUCUGGCGAAGAAGAUUUGACAGAGGUAUUGGGCGUUGGCGAUAAGCGGGGGACGAGCCAGGCGAAUACACAGAUUGAGGGAAAACAUCCUGCAUCAGAGAAAAAGAAACCAGGUCGACCUUCCGCAGCCAAACCUAGGCGUAUUAGUAAUAGCGAUUCUGAUGUUACAGAGGAAGAACAACAAAUAUCCGGCAAAGUCAAGCUUCGUAGCGCAAAAAGUGAGGACCUUGACGAAGAAGAAGCCGACGAACAAGAAGAGCCGGUGAUUGAGAAAAAGAAAAGGGGAAGGCCAAGCUUACUCAAGAAUAAAGGAAAACAGACUGCAAAAGAUUCAGAGCCUGUAGAUCAAGAUGUCACUAUCAACGAAAUUAAAUCUAUCAAUAGUGAUGUUAAAACGAAAGUAUCCGGAAGUCAAGUAUCCACAUCAUCAAAUACCUCCUCCUCCUCCUCCCAACGCCAAGAUGCGUUUUUGGCCGAGAUCAAAGCGAUGAAACUCACAUCGAUCCAAGCACGCAAUGCGAAUCUAAAAGCAGAGAUUGCACAAAAACGCCAGAAAAUACAGGAGAUCACAGAAGGGUUAGAAAAGCCGGCGAAGCAAACGGUCAAGAGACACAUUAAGUUGUUGCAUGAUUACAAUGACAUCAAGGAUGUGGGACAGGGAUUAUUGGGUAUGAUUGCAGAUAAUAGGGGUGUGAGGGUGGGGGAACUAUAUGAGGAGUUUGGGGUAGGGAUUGCGGAUUAGGAGGUUGGUGGUAAGGGAGGGAGGGAAUGGAAUGGAAAGACUGUGCUUCUGAAAAUAUGGUGAGCGAUUUUCGAGGAAAAGCAAAGAUAUGAGGAUUAUUACAAAGAAAAGGAAAAGAGUAUAUUGCUAAUAGGCGUGUUUGGUUUGAUUUCUUUAUUAUAUGAUACCAUUUUGCCUACUAUUUGCUAGGGCGUAGAUAUUUUUCUCUUGAGAGGGAAAUACUAAAGAAGCUAGACUAUUGCAUGUUUAUUGCUUGUACAUUAGUAUAGAGAUAGAUGGGAAUAGAAUUUUUCUCAAUAAGAUUAUAUGAACACAGAUAGCUACGUAGGUAGCUAUAAUGGCUUUACAUACA